GUCACCACUGGCUCUGCUGUGUCCGAGAUGGUCGACGCUCUCGACGGGCUACCAACUGAGCCACCAUCAAUAUACAUGGAUCUCGAAGGAGCCCCCCUCUCGCGAUAUGACACCAUCUCCAUACUGCAGAUCCACGUUCAUCCUACCAAAACAAUUUACCUGAUCGACGUUCAAUCCUUGGGAGAGAAAUGCUUCUCAACGCCUGGAAAAUGUCUCAAGACACUGAGAGACAUCCUGAAGUCACCCCUCAUCCCCAAGGUGUUUUUCGACGUCCGUAGCGAUUCAGAUGCGUUGUUUGCCCUGUUCACCAUCACUCUGGAUGGCGUCCUCGAUCUUCAGCUCAUGGAAUUCGCCACCCGCUCUGUGCUUAGGAAGAGGUUUGUCAGGAGCCUAACAAGCUGUGUCAUGAACGAUUCACCACUUUCCUCGGCUAAAAAGUCUAGCUGGAAGAGCGUAAAGGAGCAAGGCAGGCUGCUGUUUACACCCAAGUCCGGUGGCAGCUACGAGGUGUUGAAUGAGCGCCCCUUGCGACAAGACAUCCUGCGCUAUUGCGCUCAGGACGUGUCUGUUAUGCCUGUCCUGUGGUCAGUCUAUGACAGUAAGAUCACGCAAGAGUGGAAGCAGAAGGUGGUCGUAGCCUCGAGGGACAGAGUU